GCCGCCCCCGGCAGCGGGGCCCGGCGGCGCCGGCGGGCAGCGGCGGGGCUGGGGCUGGGGCUGGGGCGCUCGCACAAGAUGGCGGUGGGGCGGCGGGAGAGCGCGCUCCCCUCUUAGAUGCGACCGCGGCGGCCCCUGCUCCCGGCGCCCGGCGGGGCUUACAUGGCGCUGGAGGACCUGCUUUGUCUCUGCUUCUCCGCCCUCGCCGUCCUCGCCGUGCAAGGGAGGCUGCUGGAAGGGGAUUCUCUGGAGCUGAGCUGUAGUGCUGGUCCUGCGAAGGUGAUAUUGGAGCCAAACCAAGGUGUGGUUUUGGACUGUAACCUGGCCCCUGCUGAGCAGGUGAUCAAUAUCACGUGGAAGAAGAAUGGAUUUCCAUUAGUGGAGCAGGAACAUCUCCACAUGCUUCCAAAUGGAUCGCUCUUCAUCUCAUCCCAGGCUGUGGUAAAGGACAGUAAAUAUCCUGAGAAGGCUGGCGCUGAGGGUAAUUACUCCUGCGUGUCUCACAGCUCCCUAGGGGCUGUCACCAGUCAAACGGCUGCAGUCAGAUUUUCAAGGAAGAAGCACAGUGGCUUCUUUUCUACCCUCAAGAGAAAACUGGGUGUGUUGGAUGAAUGCGACACGAUCCUGAACAACCUGGUGUAG